AUGGCACCCUCACACCUUUUAUUUAUUUAUUUAUAUAUGUCCUUUCAGAUUGGGCUGUCAGGGUCUGCGCAUUCGACCACCCAGCUCAGCAAUCAGACGCCCACGCCGCACACGCGCACCAAUGGUAGCAACGCUAAUGAUAGUUACAACGAUUUGACGCUGAAUCUCAUGUCGACGCUCGGAAACAAGCGAAAGCAAGAACACCAGGGCCUUGGCAGAGACUACUGGCUGGACGACUCGUCGGCCACCAAAUGUCGGUCGUGCGACCGCACGUUCACUACGUUCAGACGCAAACACCACUGUCGGAUCUGUGGCAAGAUCUUCUGCAGCAACUGUACGACGUUUAUAGAGGGAGACAAGUUCAAUCAUCCGGGGAAAAUGCGUGUUUGUCUGCUUUGUUUGAAAUUGGCCGAUCGGUACGAAGAGUACGCCUCGAGCGAGGACGAGUCUGUGAUUGACGAUACAAACAGCUCGUCCCACGUUUCGGAAACGGUAUCGCCGGUCAGGGCCGAGUCCGAGAGCCAGGGCGCGCCGUCUGUGGUUUCCACUGCAGAAACAGCACUGAACCUCGGAUCGGCCCCCACACCCCCACCCAUGAUGGCCAUCCCCACCACGAGGAAAGGAGAGGCCAUCGAGAUCGACAUCCCGCGGUCCAACAGCGUGAGUCGUCGCAGCAGGGCCAACACAGUGGUUGGAAAUCGCCCGUUCCACCCAAACAACUUUAGUUCCAGUCUGACGGGGAUGAACUCGGAGCUCCCCACAGGCAGACUCCUUCCGUCGCAGGACCCCGAGAAGAAGAACCCCACGCCGUUGAAUUUCACCUCAGCAGCCGCAAACGCAGCGGCAGACGCAGCUUCCUCGAUCUUUAACUUUGGCACCGCUAUCCUGCCGGGCAAUCACCAAUCCUUCUCCUAUUCGCACCACAGAACCCAUAGCAGGAACAUGGAGCCCGAGUCCAAGGAAGACGAUGAGUAUGGCCCGCUCACCGGCUCUCACACGCUGCUGAGCUCUGCCUCCGACCUGACAGACGACGAGGACGAGCCUGGUCUGCUGGCGUUCACCUCUGUGAACUCCAACCCGAUGAAUAACCACGAGUUCAACUGGACGUACCGCAGUCCAAACACCAGCGGCUUCAAGCUGGAGGACUCGACAAGCAUGAACGGACGCAAGAUCUUCAGAUCAAACCGCACACGACGCCCUACAAACUUCUACCGUCUCAAACACCGUCGUAUGAGUCGAAGCGGGACCCGAGUCACCAGUGAUGCCAGUUCCAGCACGAUCUUUGGCCGGCCUGCUUCGUCUGGGUUUGGAUUUGGGUUCGAGGAGUUUGAGUUCAUGGACGAUUUCCUGCGUGCUGGCGAGAACCACGCCAGACAGCUUUUGGUUCAGCUGUUGACCGACAGAGAGGUUCAGAAUAUAGACAGAUGGACCAAGGUGCUUAUAAAAUGUUUGAAGAAAGUGUCCAGUCUUUCUGCAGAGCUGGCCAACGGCGAGACUUUUGACAUUUCUGCCUACUUGAAAAUCAAAAAGAUUCCCGGCUCAGAGAUCGAGAACUCCGCUGUUCUAGAUGGAAUAGUGUUCUCAAAGAACCUGCCGCUCAACACCAUGGCAACAGAGAUUCUGAACCCACGAAUCAUGCUGGUCACGUUCCAGAUCGAGUACGAACAGGAAGCUGAUACCAAGUUCUCGAGCAUCGAGCCUCUGAUCGCGCAACAGGACCAAUACCUGGAGAAGCUGGUUGCUAGAAUAGCUGCCUUGAAACCCAAUAUCGUUCUUGCUCAAAGUACAGUUAACGGCUAUGCUUUAAAACUGUUGGCCCAGGCAGGAAUAUCUGUGGCAUACAAUGUCAAAUCGCAGUUGAUGCAGAAAAUAUCCAGACUCACAAAAGCCGACAUUAUCAACUCUAUCGACAAACUGGCCAUUAAUCCGAAUCUUGGCAGAUGUGGAAAGUUUGAGGUAAAGUCGUAUGUCAACGAGUCUAUCCGUCGAACCUAUUUCUACUUCACUGGCUGCAACACAGAAGCUGGGUCUACGGUUGUUCUACGCGGAAGCGACAAAGAAGAGCUUAGCAAAGUCAAGGAGUGCGCAACCUUGAUGGCAUAUGUGUUUUUCAACGUGAAGCUGGAGUCUGGUCUUAUGCGCGACCAAUGUCUUCAGGCUGCCGAAUACAGUUUCCAGCCGAAACACGAACCGUUGCAAAAUUUACCUCUGAACAAUUACCAAGAGGUUACUGAGGCGUUCAGGAAACGUAUUCUUUCGUCAUCUCCAUGGGUCCGAUUCCUUCUUCCGUACGUUGUCGAGAGGCUCACAGUUUUCCACCAGAGAUUGCAAAAAAACGUCGAGCUUCACCAAAAGUAUUUGGAGCUUGCUCCCAAAGCUCAGUCUGACGACAAACUUCUUGACGAGCUCAAACUUCUGUUACAAGAAUGGAACGUCAAGUUCGAGAUCCAAGACCUUCCGCACCAAAUGGACGAUAUGACCAAAUUGGUUGCUCAGCACAAGGACUUUGUGGACCAGGAAAACAAGCAUCAGAUCUUUCUUUCCGAGAAGCAAUGGGAGCAGUUUUGGUUCCCUCGUCGGUACAUGUUUUUUGACCCCAAUUACCAUCAGAACAUAGCCACUUUGUACAGCAUGGUGUCCACCAAGAACGCUACUCCAUGUAUUGGCCCGGAGAUUCAGGUGACCGAUUUCUACUGGGACAACGAUUUCUGUCUGGGCCAGUUCAUUGAGCAUCUAUGUCUCAAUGCUGGAGAACUGUGUACUGAAGGAUGUGGCCUAACAUUGAAGGAACAUUUCCGUUCGUAUGUGCACGGACGAGGAAAAGUGGACGUGGUGGUGGAAAACAAUUCCAAAUCGCUACAAGGACGCGAAAACAUGAUCAUGGCAUGGAGUUUUUGCAAGAUAUGUCAGAACUCGACUGCUGUGCUUCCAUUGAGCGACAAUGCCUGGAAGUACUCCUUUGGAAAGUAUUUGGAGCUUUCUUUCUGGUGUCGUGGAAUGAAGGUAAAGGGAGCCACCUGUGUGCACGAUUUCUACCGUGACCAGAUCCACUACUUCAGUUUCCAGAACCUUGCAGUGCGGAUGGAGUAUUCCGAGGUGGAGAUGCUGGAUUUGGUUUCUCCACAGUUCCAGUUGUUCUGGAAGCCAGAGUACGAUCUCAAGAUCAAGAUUCAGACGUUUGAACAGGUUAUUAAUCGGACAAACAUGUUUUUCGACAGUGUCCGAAGCAGACUGAACCGUUUGAAGCUGGACAGUUUGUCGGAGGACAGGAUCGAGGCUGCCCAGCAGCGGAUCAACGAGCUGAAGAAGCGGGUCGACGAGGAGCAGCUUGCGAUGAUCAAGAUGGCCGACGACGUUUACCAGUCGACGCUGAUUUCUGAUCAUUUGAAGCUCACUUCGGUGAUCAGAGAGGUGCAGGAGAUUUCGAGUGAGUGGAACUUUGAGUUCCAAGAGUUUGACAAGGAAUUCUUGCCGUCUGAGAAGGAAAUUAAGAAAAUCACUGCCUUCCAGCUAGAUAAGCUAUUCAAGGCCAAUAACGACAAGAACGAGGAUCUUGCUAGUUUGGAGAUGAAGGAGAAAGAGGAGAAAGAGGAGAAGGAGGACGAAGAGGAGGAGAAGGUUGAAGAGCUCAAAAAAGAGGAUACUACUCCAAGUCAGUCGCCAAAGUCUCGUCGGAGAGGAAAUUUGGUGUUGGAGAGGAUUCAAGAAUUGCAGCUGAUGAAUGGACCGGGAGAAGGGUCGAGCACCGAUUCCAAGACAGACUUACAGAAUGACAAACGCUGGGUGUGGGAGGAUCGCAACGGCGAGCUGCAGAGCCAGCUGUUGGAGGAUGGUGGCCACGGCUUACCGAAGUUGAGUGGUUUGAGCAACGAGGGUAAGGUUCGCAAGUUGGCCGAGUUCUUUGAUGCUCAGGAGUUUUUCCGCCAGAGAGAGCAAGAGAAGCGAAAGUUGCAGGAGAACAGCUACAGGCCGAAGCUUGUUGCUUCGCGGCCAACGGUGGAGGUUUACAAGAACGUGAAGGACGCUGUUGAGGCUGAGCAGAACGUGCGGAAGAUGGAGCAGAGACGAGAGCAAAUUGAGGAGGAAGUUGAGGAGGAAGAGCAAGAGCAGGAACAGGAAACUGACGGCGAGAAGAAAGAAGAAGGCGGCGAGGAUAUGAGGCGCGUUCCUUCGAAACAGCUUGUCCCUGAGAAGUCGUCUUUGCUCAAGUCGCUGACGCAUUUCUGGGCCGACCGAUCGGCAACUUUAUGGGAGCCACUUUCGUAUCCGUUGGGUCCCACGGAGCACAUAUUCGUUGAUUCUGACGUGAUUGUUCGCGAGGACGAGCCAAGUUCGAUCAUUGCAUUCUGUUUGAACACCACAGAUUACGGCUCGAAGCUAUACCACCAGGAGAAACAGCAGCAACAGGACGACAAGGACGAAUCUGCCACCGAGGACGGGGACUCGCGGUCUGUGCGAUCGGACCAGGGAAAUAAACCGAGCGCAGAGAGCAGCGGGGUGUUUGAGAGCUCGAGUUUCUCGAUGUCUGCUCCCGACUUGGAGAAGAUCAUGCUCAAGAAAGGUUUCCAUCUGAAGUACCAAUUCGAAGAAGGGUAUUCGACGAUUUCGUGCAAGAUUUUCUUUGCCGAGCAGUUUGACGGGUUCCGGCGCCAAUGUGGAGUGAGUUCAAAGUUCGUGGAGAGCUUGUCGCGGUGUGUGAAAUGGGAUUCCACGGGAGGAAAGUCUGGUUCUGCGUUUCUGAAGACUCUGGACGACCGGUUUAUCAUCAAGGAGCUGAGUCGGGCCGAACUUGAGGCGUUUGUUCAAUUUGCGGCUAGCUACUUUGAAUAUUUCGCACAGGCCAUGUUCCACAACCUGCCGACUGUUCUGGUGAAGAUCUUUGGGUUCUACCAGAUCCAGGUGAAGAACACCAUGCCUGGAGCACGGUCGUACACCAUGAACGUUCUGAUUAUGGAGAAUCUGUUCUACAACCGCAAGAUGUCGCGGAUUUUCGAUCUGAAGGGCUCGAUGAGGAACAGACACGUUGAACAGACCGGAAAGGAGAACGAGGUGUUACUGGAUGAAAAUAUGGUGGAGUAUAUUUACGAGUCUCCAUUAUUUGUUCGGGAGAAUGCCAAACGACUCUUAAGAGCGUCGUUGUGGAACGACACUCUAUUUUUGGCCAAGAUGAAUGUGAUGGAUUACUCUUUGGUUGUUGGAAUCGACUCCGACAACAAGGAGCUUGUUGUUGGAAUUAUUGACUGUAUCCGAACGUUUACUUGGGAUAAGAAACUGGAGAGUUGGGUGAAGGAAAAAGGGCUCGUUGGAGGCACAGGAGUCGGCAAAGAACCAACAGUGAUCACCCCGAAACAGUACAAGAAUCGGUUCAGGGAGGCCAUGGAACGGUACAUUUUAAUGUCUCCUGGUCCAUUUUAUAUGAGUACCUAA